CUUCAAUCCCACGUUUACCGGUGGACGCAUCCAACUUCAUCUCCGCCAUAUCAAUCAACGACCUCUCAAUAAACAAACUAUUCCUAGUAUCGUUAAAGAUGGAAACCGACGGACAGCCAGUGUUCCGGCGACAUGACAUUCUCUCCAUCAAUCGGUACAACUGGCAGACCCUCCGCUCCCAACCCCUCCGAGAGCUCUCCGGAGCGUUAGGAGAUUUGGGGACUUUGCUACCCCUGAUGACUGCUCUCACAAUGAAUCAUUCAAUAUCUCUCCCCACGACCCUCGUCUUCACCGGCCUCGCCAACAUCGCAACCGGAGUCCUAUUCGGCGUCCCGUUACCCGUUCAACCCAUGAAGGCGAUCGCUGCCAUCGCCAUAUCAAACCGCUUCUCGAAAGCCGAGACCACCGCCUCGGGCCUAAUCGUCUCGGCUGUCGUUGGGCUACUGAGCAUUACGGGACUCCUUACCUGGUUUGCUCGAGUCGUGCCGAUUCCGAUUGUCAAAGGCAUUCAAAUGGGCGCCGGACUACGGCUCGUGAUCGCAGCUGGGUCGUCCCUUCUGAAGUCCCUGGGAUGGAUCCAUCCUUCGUUGACCGACAACCUAAUCUGGGUGAUUGCAGCUUUCAUUUUUCUGAUCAUAUCAUCGAUGAUGGUGCGUAUCCCAUAUGCACUGAUUCUAUUCAUUGUCGGCCUCAUAAUUGCUUUCUUGCAUCUCACCCUUCCUCCGGACGGCGAUUAUGGUUUUCAUAUCUGGCAUCCUCAUGUACAUGCAAGCUUUGAGAAGGAGACUGUGUUGACUGGGUUCUACUCUGCUCUUGCCCAGCUGCCGUUGACGGUGCUGAACUCCAUCAUUGCGACCGCUCAUCUGAGCUCCCAUCUCCUCCCCUCGAUCCCAGCCCCAAGUGUGCAUGAGAUCGGCAUCUCCAUCGCAGUCCUCAAUUUGAUAUCCUGUCCCUUUGGCGGAAUGCCCGCUUGUCAUGGCUCAGGCGGGCUUGCUGGUCAGCAUCGAUUCGGCGCUCGAUCCGGCGCCAGCGUCAUUGUUCUCGGUCUAUUAAAGCUUGUUCUCGGCUUGUUUGUGGGCGAGGGCCUGGUUGACUUGUUGCAAACGUUCCCGAAAGGCCUCCUCGGAAUCAUGGUCAUCGUUGCUGGCAUCGAGCUAGCGAAAGUCGCCGCGAGCUUGAACGAGGGGAUGUCGGAUAACUGGCAGGUCGACCAGGCGAGCGGUCGUACAGGACUGGGUGAGUCCCGGAAAGCGGCUGAAUACACUGGAUCUGAGCGGAUGGAGCGGUGGAAUGUGAUGCUUGCCACCGUCGCGGGUAUGCUCGCCUUUGGCAACGAUGCCGUGGGGUUCGCCGCGGGUGUUCUCUGGCAUCUGGGCUUGAAAGGAAAAGUACGGUGGGAACGAUGGCAGCAGCAAAGAAACGCACCCAGCAUAGCGAUUCGACGACCAUCAUCACCUAUGGAUAGGAGAGGUGAAAGACAGAGUCUGCUUCAUUCAUCCACAUGAGCAGGUCAAGGCAUGUGAUGGUCACUAGAUCAAUUUCACGGAUCGACUCGCGUGCUAU